GGAAUACUCCAUGUGUUACUUUGUUAGGUCUGAAGCAAAUUGUUGAUUUCUUUAGUGGAGGAAAAAAAGGUGAAUUUAUUCACUAAUAAUCUUGUUGGUCAUUUAUUUAUGCAAAGUUUUUAUUUGGAAUUUGGACUUUGAAAAUGAUUCUAUUCUUCUUCAUUGUGAAGAUUUCGUGACAUCAGUCUGCCACUCCUAUCCGGUAUAUAUCCCUCAAGUUGAAACCUAACGCCUUACUGGUGCAUUUCCCUGUUCACUUUUAUUCAUUAUUUUUUAUUUAAAUAAAAAACAUAGCCAUUUCAGCAAAGUUAGAGGGCAAUGCAUUUUUCUUCUUCAAGAUUCUUUGAGAAAGAGAAAAAAAGAAGAAAAUGCUCUCACAUUGUUCCCUCUGUUCAUAAUGCGCAGUUCUCUCGCCAUUUGAGUCAGUUGAAUGUUUAGUGCUUGCUAUUUGGCCCUAAUAGCUAUUUCCCAAACUGCUUCAAUUCUUUAUUAUCUGCUGUUUUAUUAGCAGUCAUAAUCUCUUUUCUCAGCUCCUUUUUCCUGUGCUUAAAUUCCAGUAUACCAAUUCCUGUGUUCUUCUAAUUAAUUUCCUAUAAAGCUUUGAACUUUUUUCCAUGGGGAAGACAAAGUUUAUCUACUAUACAGGUUUCAAAGUGGGGUUUUUGUGGGUGCAACUGAGGUGUGUAGAGUGCCAAAGAAGGAUGAUAAUCUCCACAGCCCCACCUCAGUCUCAAAGGGUUUUUCUGAGUGUUCUGUUUGGGAUGUUAACUGGAUUGAUUUGUGCACUCCUCUUUGCUUGGCUUGUUCGGAGCUUUAUUCGUUACAUGAACAAACCCCCAAUUCUCAAAGGCCCUGUUGUAUUCUCUCCUAAAAUUCCAGCCAAGACUCUGCAAUCAGCUCUAAUUGCUAAUGACACCCAGUUGCUUGGGUCCAGUAGAUACUAUAGGACUGUUCUUGACAAUGGCCUUACUGUUGCAGUCAAGAGGCUGGAACCCUUUCAGUUACAGAGCAAGUCUUUGAAGAGAAGAAUACAGCAGGAAGUUGAAGUGAUUGCUAGUUUGAGGCAUAGAAACUUGAUGAGUUUAAGGGCUUACAUCCGGGAAUCGAAUAGGUUUUUUUUAGUGUAUGAUUAUGUGCCUAAUGGGAGUCUUGAAGAUGCAAUGAACAAAGUUAGGGAAAACCAGCUGCAGCUUAGCUGGGAAGUAAGACUCCGAAUUGCUGUUGGGAUUGUCAAGGGUCUUCAGUAUCUUCACUUUUCUUGUAACCCCAGAAUCCUGCAUCGCAAUCUCAAGCCCACAAACGUAAUGUUGGAUGCUGAGUUUGAGCCUAGGUUAGCAGAUUGCGGUUUGGCCAAAAUUGCCAAUCUCCCACUUGCACCAUCAAGCUAUGCUCCUCCUGAGAGCUGCAGGUAUACUGAUAAGAGUGAUGUAUUCAGCUUUGGGGUGAUAUUGGGUGUUCUAUUAACUGGAAAGUACCCAACGGAUCCCUUCUUGGGGAAUACAAGUUUAGGGCGGUGGCUUCAGCGUUUGCAGGAAGCAGGCGAUUCUCGAGAAGCAUUAGAUAAGAGUAUUCUCGGAGAAGAGAUUGAGGAAGAUGAGAUGCUAAUGGCCGUGAAAAUAGCAGUGGUAUGCUUAUCAGACAUGCCUGCUCAUCGCCCUUCCAGUGAUGAGCUCGUUUCCAUGCUCACCCAAUUAAAUAGCUUUUGAUUAAUUAUUAAUCAACCUGUUGCUGUUGCUAUUUUUAUUUUUUUGAAAGGGGUGUGUAGUUGGCUAAUUCCUGCAACUAUUUUUUUACUCAGCUCAAACUUAAGAAAGCACUUGAAAUUAUCAGUAAUUGAUUGACCUUGUUGUAUGUAGAUUGAGUAAUCUUGUUAAUCAAGUGCUGUUAGGAAGAGAAUAUGUAACAAAUACUAUGGAGUAUAAUAGUUUGUGUACGUUGGAGACAUUUGCAUUGA